CCCAGUUCUCCAGAGGAGAGUUUAGUUACUUCGUCAUUAUUAUCCACGAACCGAGACCAUCAUGUCUGCGACUAGCGCUCGAGCAACUGCGGUGGUGACUGGGUCGUUUCUCUCAGGAGCAAUGAUGUCACUCUCCCUCAUGGCCGUCCCAGUCUUCCUAGACACCACCACGGAUGCACCCCAGCUCUUCCACCAAUGGGUCCGCAUGUACCACUACGGACACCAGAUCCUUCCCACCAUGGCCGUCGGGACUUUUCUCCUUUACGCCUACACAGCAGCCAAGCGACGCAGCGCCCGAGCAUCCUGGGGUGUGUUUGCGCUGGCAGCCUUGACGACGGUGAGCAUGCUGCCGUUCACGUGGCUUGUCAUGGUGCCCACGAACAACGAGUUGUUUCGACUGGAGGUCGUGAGUAAGACGGAGCCAUUAGUGAAGGGGAUCGGUGAGGCGAGGGAGCUGGUUGUCAGGUGGGGAUGGCUGCAUUUCACGAGGUCUUUGCUUCCCCUGGUUGGGGCUAUCAUAGGAACAAUCGGGACCGCUGGGAGUUAAUUAAGGACUGGGUGUGGAGGCAUGAGAGCCAUUGUCGAAGGGUGAAUCGUCGUCAAAACCGCUCUAGUUAGCUAUGAAGGUGAUAGCUCUAACUACUCUGACCCUGUCAGUCCAUCAGAUAGUUUCAUCCCAAGACAUUGUAAGAAGAUAGCACGGUAAAUGUGAG